GAAUAACAUUGCGCUGCGAAAGGACGCAGUCUGUCAAAAGCAUCUUUCUCGAGAGUCAAGAAGAUAUGUCAUUUCCUUUACAAAGCGAGUAGUUAAAAGCGUGCCAAGGAUAACGCUAAAGCUCGUCAUCGGAUACACAUUUUUGGGUUUUGACGCGAUUGAGUUUGUAACAGCCCAUUUGACAGGAAUGGCAAUGGUCACAGCGUCAUUCUUCUUGCAAACAACCAGAGUGGUUUUUUUUUUCUAGCUGACCUUCCAUCUUCUUCUCUUUCUCUUAUCGCCCUUAUGAAUUCACAAGCUCAACCUGGAAGACUUCGACGUCUUCUAGGUAGUGGGAGCAAAAAUAAGUCCCAUCGCCUGUCAUUGAAUACUUCCAACACUUACUUGAACGAGUCUAUCAACAAGUCACCGGAUGAAGCAAAUCGACGCCAAUCCAUGCAGAUACUCACAUCACCGACGUCUGUUAUCGAUAACGAGCUCGGCUUCGCAAGCAAACCGUACGAGUCAACGGCUGCGGGAGAGAGUCCAUCCCUUAGUUUGCAAGGUGUAUCACCUUCGCCACAAAGAAAUUUACCGGCAAGACCACAGUCCAGCAUGUCAUUUAGAAAACAUUCCAGCCCUUCUUUUCACCAGUUUCAUUCGUCUGGCUCCGCACACUCUCUCGAACUCAUCCAAAGUCCCACCUCUAUAGAACCGAUGAACGCUAUCCCUGAAAACGACACCAUUCCCUUUGUGUCUAACCAAAGUAGAAAGAAAGACGGCGAUCGACAAUAUGCAUCACUCAACCUUAGUUCGCCUCAUCGCAUCGAUAGCAGUAAAAGAUCUUUGUCAUCCAACAAUCUCCGCUCCGAUACUUCGGUCAGCUCAAUGCAAGGAUCGUUUACUUCAGAGAAGUCAUCGACCUUGUCGGGAGCGCGCAAAAGAAUUUCCGCUUUACUGCCCGAAUCAUGGCAAAGCGAUACGGUCAGAAGCCGCAGACUCACCAUGUCAUCUCUGUCGCACAGCAGUGACAAUGAAACGUCAGCUUCAGAGUCACCGCCCAUGACGCCAGCGAACCCUGGAGCUCAGUUUAUACACAACGACGAGGAUGAUUUCCAGUUACCUCAUCACAAGCCUAUCAGUCCUAUCACGCCAGAAUGGAACGGUCUAUUGAAGAACGAACCUGGCGAGUACUUUUCGGAGAAACCAACCUCGCACUACCCAUUGCUGCCCGACCAAAAUGGAAAUGGGCCGGCGGCUGACGAACCCGUGCCACAAACCCCUUGUGCCAUGCCAUUCCUUGCUCGCGCUCAAAGCACUCGCAGUCUGAAGUCCCAAGAUGAACAAUGGACUUACUCCAAACCUGCAAGACGAUACCUUGCUGAGCAGGUUCGUAUGGUGCUAGGUUCCGCCCUGACAGAAGCCGACUCCGAAAUCGAGCAAGAAUGGGAGGUUCAUCGAGAAACUGAGAGGCAAAACUCCAUGUCGUCCACUUACUCUCGAGCUGUAGGCGGUCUAGCAUAAACCAAGCAAGGCCUGUCAUUUUUUGUCUAUACUAGUUUCCAUUUUGUUCAAUAUUUUUUUUUUGUAUAUUUUUUUCUUAGUCUAUCAUUUUACAUUUGGUUUCCACAUAUCAUUUAUGCCCCUGUAUGCUUCACAGUAGCUCCUUCCCACCUCAAAAUUUUUGCCCACCUCUAUGUCCCAAUAUAUAAGCAUACCAUGUUGUUGUAAAUGUUCUUGUGGAGAAAGCCAGUAAACAAAUAUAAUCCGUUUUGAGUGGAAAAACUCAC